CAAUCAUUUGAGCUGGGUCAUAAAAUGUCAUGGGCCUAACGACCCAUCCAAUAAACAGGUUUGAUUGCGGCCUACUUGCAUCGAACUUUCAAGCAAAACGAUGCGUUUUUGUACACUGGGUUUUAGGGUAUACGGGGACUGCUAACUCCCAUUCGAAGAGGCAGGCGUUGGAGCUUUCCUCGCUGGAAUCACUGAUAUACUUCACCAAUUUUUGAAUUGAACACAUAUUGAGACAGCUAAAGCCCUAGCUCCCAAAACCCAGAGGAAUUAUCAACGAACCCACAAACUAGAAGGAGAACAAGAAGUGAAUAUUUUAAUUAUCUAAUCAAACGAUGCAGCACGAUGAGGUUAUAUGGCAGGUUAUCAGGCACAAUCACUGCAGUUUCAUGGCCAAAAUCACGACUGGGAAUUUCUGUAGAAACCCAUACAAUGUGACGGGGAUUUGUAACCGAAGUUCUUGCCCUCUCGCUAACAGUCGAUAUGCCACCAUUCGUGAUCAUGAUGGAGUUUUCUAUCUAUAUAUGAAGACAAUAGAAAGGGCUCAUAAACCCAAUGAAUUGUGGGAAAGAGUUAAGCUUCCCAGAAAUUAUGAAAAGGCUCUUGAGAUUAUUGAUAAACACUUGACUUAUUGGCCUAAGUUGCUCGUACACAAAGUAAAGCAACGGCUAACCAAAAUGACUCAGAUGCGCAUUCGUAUGAGGAAGCUUGCUUUGAAGACAAGGGAAAAGAUAAUGACAACGCCAAGAAAACUGGCAAAAAGGGAGGCUCGAAGAGAGGAAAAGGCAGAAAAAGCAGCCUUGUUGGAUAAGAGCAUCGAAAAAGAAUUGCUAGAACGCCUUAAGAAAGGAGUUUAUGGUGACAUAUACAAUUAUCCUGCCGAUAAAUACAAUCAACUACUAGAUAUGGAUGAACUGCAGGUUGCGGGUGAAGAAGAGGAAGAGGAACCUGAGGUCGAAUAUGUUGAGGGCUAUGAUGACCUUGAAGAGGAAGAUGAUAUAGAAGAUUUUGGUGACCUUGGAAUCAAUGGCUCCCUUGCAUUUGAUGAUGAUAAUGUUGGAUUGGAUGACGAUGAUGCUGAGGGGACAGAAAAAGUUGAUCACAAGAGAGGGAGAAAAGAAUCUGAUCUGGCUUCAAGAAAGCUUGAGAAAGAUGAAUCUGGUGCUAAAUUGAAGAAAAAAGGAAGGGUACUUGUAGAGGUUGAGCAUGAAGAUGCUUCUGAAAGACACAAAGCAGUCCAUUGAUUGCUAAAGGAUGGUUUUAUGAAACAAAUACCUGUAUUCAUCAGGUUGAGUGUAGAUUAUCAUGAAAAGUGUACUUGGCAGAGAGGAAGUUGCUCGAAGCUAUGCGAAAUUUUGAAUACCUAUAGACGUUUAUGACUCAUCCAACACCCUUUCUCUUCCUUGUUCGUCUUCUCUCCUCCUUUUUCUUUCUUGGAAGAUGUUAUGUUGAAUCAGUUCUGAUAAAAUUGUUUGUAGCCUUUUCAUUUAUAGCUGAGGUUAUUUGUUUUUAUUUUUCACACCCUUUGCAUGGUGAAUUAGGGCUGAUAUCAGUAAUAUUUCAAAUUUAUAAACCACUAAUUUGGUAUU